AAUAAAACCCAAUUUUUACUGUGGCUGAAGUUCUUGGUGGUGGUGGGCAUGGAAAAAUCAGGCGACGAUGUUGUCCUGCUGGAUCGUGCGUCCCGAGCCACUCGAGGCAAGAGGUUAACCAAACUCCUUGACGAUGAAAUCCAAGAAGAUGAAUUGUUCUGGAACCAGGAUGCUCUUAAAGAGGAAGAAGAGGACGAUAACUACCAAGAGGAACCUGAGAUCGCCGAUGAGUUUGACUCUGAUUUCGACGAAGAUGAGCCGGAGCCCGAGGAAGAAGAGCCUAACAAAUAUGACGCUGAUGACAGGUUUCUUCUCUCCAUUUUCUUGCCUCUUCCUUCCCUGUCUUUUCUGUCUCUGAUGGUACUUUUUGUGUUUGAAAGAAUGCAUAAAAAGAAGCGACUGGUAUUUCCUGGGAAGACUCUGGCUGUGAAGAAGAAAAAGAAGAAAACGUUAUCGAAAUUUGAAGGUUCUCCGAAGGAUGAGGAGCAUUCUGGUAAGGCUGCUGAGGAACAGCAGGAUGAGACUGGGGAGAGAAUGAUCAGGAAGUCCACUAGGACUUCUGUCAUCGUUCGCCAAGCUGAGAGAGAUGCCAUUCGUGCAGCUCUCCAAGCCACCAUCAAGCCGGUCAAAAGGAAAAAGGAAGGCGAGGAGAAGAGGAUGACACAAGAGGAGAUGCUUUUAGAAGCUGCUCAAACAGAGAUCAUGAACUUGCGCAAUUUGGAACGUGUUUUAGCUAGAGAGGAAGAGGUUAAGAGAAGGGCAAUUGUGCAUAAAAAUGUUUAUAAUGGUCCACAGAUACAAUAUAUUUCAAAAAAUGGAUGCUCCUAUUUAGAGUUCAUUAAAGGGUCAUCGUUCCACUCAGAGAUUUCCACAGGGCCUGUACAAUAUCCAGAACAACCUGUUUGCGCGAUUACUGGUUUGCCUGCCAAGUAUCGUGAUCCAAAGACUGGCCUGCCAUAUGCUACAAAAGAAGCUUUUAAAAUAAUUCGAGAACGCUUUCUGAAUGAAAGUGGUAACACCAGAAAGGAGAUGAGCAUGGGGGGCUUAUAUGAUUCUGUUUCUGGAUGUGGUUUUUCAAUGAAGCAAAAAAGGUCACCAAUGCCAGAUAGAAACGUGAAUCCAGAUGUUCGCUCCUUAGCUCGUUUUCGUAGAAUUCCUGUUUUUGAGGAUGAAGAUUCUGACUAGUUGCCUUGCUAAUUAAUAUUAAGAUCCAUGAUCAGGACCUCAGGUUGACAUAAUAUUAUUUUUUUUUCCCAAAUGGCACUCUUUGGGUUUUAAAUUUAUUCAUGUAGCAUAUUGUAUAGAAUACUUACAUCAAUAGCAUAGUUAUCUGUACACUGCCAGAGUUUGAUUUUUAGGAAGCCAAAUUCUGGCCAUUGUUUGUAUUUCCCCCUGGGAAACCAGUCCAAUUCAAUAUCUAGGAAACUGAAUUUUGAUCUGGCA